AUGGAGAACAUCUUAAGGAGAGAAGUUAAGGAGGCUGAGAGGCACACAUCGUCCAUUAAGGAUAUUCUUGCAAGAUGCCCGGACAUUACAGGCUUUAUUGGGCUGUAUCUCAGAAGAAACCCGACGAAAAAGCAUCCGGAGUUUCUAGAUUUCUACGAUGAUCUAGACAUAUCGUCGCAAGUACUUCUCUACGAAAAGAAGAAAAAGAUGAUUAAAAACGACAAAUUCGAGGAAGAAUGUCUAAUGAGUUACUGCAUUGAACAGCGCUCCGAAAUAUCUUAUGACAUCAUAAAAGCGAUGAGUAGCAGCAAGAUUCUAUUCAAAACAUUGUCGACAGUUUUUUUGUCUGUCAGCAUUGGCGAGGAAGACGACUUUUUUUUCACAAAAUGCAUCGUGUUGGCAUUGAGAACCCAUGACAUAGAUUCUGACGAGGUGAAAGUCCUCAUGUCCGGAAUUGCGCAUCAUUUCAGUGAUGGGCGCAGAAAAUACUAUGAACAUGGAGCUAUUGUUGCAAGUGUCUUGCUAAAUACAAACGAAUUUGAUAUAGAAUCUAUGAACGAAGCACAGAGAAUGAUUGAAGACAUACCGGAGCAUGUGUUGAAAAAAGACACAAAAAAGAACUUUGAGAAUCCAAACGAUGUUUUUAAGUGUUAUAGAAAAGUGGAAAACGAUCUCGGGAUACUUGAAACUAGCUGGAGGCCGAAGUAUUUUCAAGAAGCCGUUAAACUCAUUGAAGAUGAGAGGGAGACUGAGAAGAUUGAGGCUUGCUUCAGAUGGUUUCCUAACUUGGUCGAAAAUGCGACCGAAAGAAUGCUUAAACAUAAAAGUAAAGAAGCAUUUAAAGUUCUAAUGAAUUACGACGGACGUGAAGAGCACAAAGUUGAUGCUGUUUCUUCUCUUAUUCAGAGGUCUUAUAAGUUCCUCAUUGACGAUGUCAUGAACGACUUCUUUGAUGGAAGUCUUUGUUUAAGACAGAAAAUCAUCUUAGCUUUUUCUUUUAGGAAGAUUAUUAGGGAAGGGCCUUUAGAACAGGCAGUUCCUCUCUACAGGGGCAUUAAGUUCAUGGCAAGGAGGAUUCAGCACGAGAUCCCAAAGGUUAUGGGAAGAGCUCUUGAAUGUCUUUUAAUAGAGGGGGUGGAAAGGAUCCAAGAGGGAAAGAACGGAAGUGAAAGCCUCAUGAAUAAUUGA